CUCAGCUGUGCGGUGAUUCGGCCGAGCGCGACGUGCGGUCAGUAACGGGUAUGUGACGGCUGGUUCGAACGGAUACUGCGCGGACGGACGGCCGAUAAUCGUGUCGCCCAGCUCAGCGAGACUCUCGGGAGAAGGAGAGAACGCGAUGCGACGCUGCAAGUAGAAGAUGGGCGCGAGGAGCGCGAUCGAAGAGGAAGAAGAACGGACGUCGUACGUGGUCGCGCCGUUGCCGUUGCCGCACGGGCUUCUGUGAUCCGCGUGCGCGGGGGUCAUCGAGACGAGGAGGCGAAUGCGACGCGGCGGUGGGCCGCGCGAACGAAGCUGACAGCUCGCCGCCGACGAUUCCGAGCAAACAUGGGCAACUGCCUGAAGCGCGCCGGCGGCAAUCAACAGGACAAUACCACUCUGCUGAGCAGUAAUCCCGAGCCUGCCGUGUCCACCAGCGGGUCCUCUCAGGAGGGCCUCGGACCGCCGAUACCCUACAACCAAGCGGUAGCAUCUUAUUACCCGUCGAUCGCAACGAGGGAACCCCGUCACCUGCAGUCGACCAACUUGAACAUCAGCCGUGGCAUUGGUGUGAACUUGAUGCAGGGCGGUGGGUCGGCCGGUUUGAGCGACGAGGAGCAGCAAGUGAGGAUCGCUAAGCGCAUAGGACUCAUACAGCACCUGCCGAUGCGGGAAUACGACGGCGUGAUGAAGGGCGAGUGCGUGAUAUGCAUGAUGGAGCUGUUGGCGGGCGAGGAAGUACGCUAUCUACCUUGUAUGCACACUUACCACGCGAUCUGCAUCGACGACUGGUUGCUACGCUCGUUGACCUGUCCGUCCUGCAUGGAGCCGGUGGACGCAGCGCUAAUUAGCUCAUAUCAUCCGACUACUUAAUACCACCGUAGUAACCGGACUUCUUGCUUUGGUUCCGAUCGGCGAUUGGAAUUCAAUUGUCCAGGCUAAACGAAGCGACUAAAGGAAGAGAGAGAAAGAGAGGGGGAGAACGGGAGAAAGUGAGAAUGAGAGAAUCCGCUACUUUUUGCUAUAGAGCGUUUAAAAGGCUUCUGGUUGGUAGAAAGAUCUGUGUGUCAAUGGCCUGACUGUAUUUGCCAUUACACCCGAUAUAUAUAUACGUGCGCGCAUGCUGUUUUAAUGAUAUCUGUAUUACAUGACACACUUAUUACAUCCGCAAGUAUUUUAGUUUCUUUUUUAGAUCGUUUCUUAAGAUCGACGGAUGCGGAAAAAGCCGCCCGUUUUUUAUCACUCAAAUCUCAUCAGAAUAUACCGAAAUCCUUUCCCGUAGUAGUGAGUUAAUGAUCGCUUGCAAAUUAAUUUCCUGCUAGAAGAAUGGGAGGCGAGAAGAAGGAAAGAAAGAAAGAAAGAGUUGGCUUGAUGUAAGUGUGCAAUAAUGUUGAGUAACGCCGAUAGGUAUAGUCGGAACAAUAAGUAUAUAUGCGUAGUAAGAGAUGCGAGGUGACCGCCGUGUUGUGUCGUAUAUGCUCGUUUGCGUAACACGACGGGCGUUCAACGAAAACUCUGCAAAUCGCGUUUCCCCAUUCCCCGUUUUUCGGUUCUCCGUGCAACGAGCAAAUUAGUCGACAUUUUAUGCUGUGUCCAAUGUAAAAUCGCGAAGAACAUCAAGUGUAUAAUGCUUUUCUUUCGGAUGUGCAGACUACGUGUUUCCAAACAUAUGUCGAGAUAAGAACAAUCCUUAUUUUGACGAGCUAUUAAUUCGUCUAAAUGCGUAGACGAUAAAAUGAUGCUGGUGGACGACGUUGAUAAUGAUGACGAUGAUGACAGUCCAUUGUAUAUUUUCAUGAUGAAAGCAGGGCUGUCUUUUUAAACGA